AUGGCCGCCCCGCUAUCAUCGACGCGACGUUUCACUAGAGCGCAGUUCAAAUCCCCAGCGAUGCCAAUGUGUGGGGAAUGCCCCGAAUUGCGGGGAAUCAUCCAAACACAGACGGUGGCAGCACUGGAGGAGGAACAGACGGAGGUAGCACUGGAGGAGGAACAGGUGGUGGCAGCACUGGCGGAGGAACAGACGGAGGUAGCACUGGAGGAGGUACAGACGGUGGAAGCACUGGAGGUGGCACAGAUGGAGGCAGCACUGGAGGUGGAACAGACGGUGGCAGCACUGGAGGAGGAACAGAUGGAGGUAGCACUGGAGGAGGUACAGGCGGUGGCAGCACUGGUGGGGGAACAGACGGAGGUAGCACUGGAGGAGGUACAGACGGUGGCAGCACUGGUGGAGGAACAGACGGAGGUAGCACUGGAGGAGGUACAGACGGUGGAAGCACUGGAGGUGGCACAGAUGGAGGCAGCACUGGAGGUGGAACAGACGGUGGCAGCACUGGAGGAGGAACAGAUGGAGGUAGCACUGGAGGAGGUACAGGCGGUGGCAGCACUGGUGGGGGAACAGACGGAGGUAGCACUGGAGGAGGUACAGACGGUGGCAGCACUGGAGGUGGCACAGAUGGAGGCAGCACUGGAGGAGGAACAGACGGCGGCAGCACUGGAGGUGGUACAGACGGAGGCAGCACUGGAGGUGGAACAGACGGUGGCAGCACUGGAGGAGGAACAGACGGUGGUAGCACUGGAGGAGGAACAGACGGUGGCAGCACUGGAGGAGGAACAGACGGUGGUAGCACUGGAGGAGGAACAGACGGUGGCAGCACCGGAGGGGGAACAGACGGAGGUAGCACUGGAGGAGGAACAGACGGUGGUAGCACUGGAGGAGGAACAGACGGCGGCAGCACUGGAGGUGGAACAGACGGCGGCAGCACUGGAGGUGGUACAGACGGAGGCAGCACUGGAGGUGGAACAGACGGUGGCAGCACUGGAGGAGGAACAGACGGUGGUAGCACUGGAGGAGGAACAGACGGUGGCAGCACUGGAGGAGGAACAGACGGUGGUAGCACUGGAGGAGGAACAGACGGUGGCAGCACCGGAGGGGGAACAGACGGAGGUAGCACUGGAGGAGGAACAGACGGUGGUAGCACUGGAGGAGGAACAGACGGCGGCAGCACUGGAGGUGGAACAGACGGCGGCAGCACUGGAGGAGGCACAGACGGUGGUAGCACUGGAGGAGGAACAGACGGCGGCAGCACUGGAGGUGGAACAGACGGCGGCAGCACUGGAGGAGGCACAGACGGUAGAAGUUUAAUCCCAUCUGUAAGCCUUUUGCCUGAGAUAACAAAUAACGGAUAUAGUCCAUCACGUGUAAGGCUGAGAUUUGUGCGAGAAGCCACUGACGUUAAAGAAACACCACGUUGUGUUGUCGCCUCUUAUGAAGUAAAUGGACAAACAAAAACCAAAC